CGCAGCAGCAGCAGGGGCAGCAGCAGCCGUCGCCGCAGCAGCAGCAGCAGCAGCAGCAGGAGCAGCAGGGACAGGAAUCCGAGAGCAGCAUGGAGGUGCAGCCGGAGCUGCUGGUGGCCGAGCCCGUCCCGCCGCGCGCCGACUCGCCGCACGAGCUGAACAGCACCGGCGGCGACUUCACGCCCCUCUUCCACGAGUCUUCCACGCCGGAGCAGGCGGCCGGCGCCGAGCCGCCGGUCUCGGACCCGGCGCGGCUCGUCGACAACUACAGCUACCUGACGUCGCAGGGUCUGAUGAACGGCUCGCCAGAGACGGGCGCCGCCGAGCGGCAGCCGCCCAGCCAGCCGGCCGGCCAGCCCAGCCCGUCGAAGAAGGCCGAGGCACCGUCCGCCGCCGCGCAGGCGACGUCGGCGCAGGAGGCGUCCAACAACGGCCCGGUCUGAGGUGGCCCUGCGCCGCCGUCGCCGCCGCCGCUGCCGCCGCCGCUGCCGCCGCCGGCGGCCCGCCAAGCAAUACCGGAGCGGCGCUGCUGUCGAUUACUAUGCUGUGAUACGCCCCGCCUCCUGUGCCCGAGCCGCCCCGCUCCGGGCACUUGUCCUG